GUCCCGGCAAAGCAACCUCUGCGAGGCCGAGCUGGAGCUCUCGAAGCCACCCGGCCGUCUCAGGCUCCAGUUUGGUACUGCUGGGCCAGCGCAGGUCCUGCAGCAGCUGUGGCAGCAAUCGUCUCAAGGUGUUUCACCACCUCUGCCGGGUAUGGACGUGCUGAUAGAAGAGCUCAAGCUCACCAAAGGAUCGCCGCCUUGUCCGACUCGAUCUGUUUUCACGGCUGUGCUGCCUGAUGGGUUGACCAUCUCGAAGGUGCGACAAAUCUUCAGCACCAACGGCCGAGAGAAUCCGAUCAUGAGGUUGCAUGACAGAAUGGGCGCCCAGAACAUGGUCGAACGUGACUGGGAGCCGCUGGCAGGAGGACUGGUGAAGUGCCUGCAUUUUGUGCAGCCACUGAAGCCCCAACCAAUGGCGCCGGAGAAGACCCGAGUGUCCUUGGUUUACUUCCUCUGUCCCAGUGCAGAGGGGUCAAAGGUCAUCCUCCAAAAGGUGACCAGAGCUCUUGACAUUCCGUAUGCGAAUUCUUUCCGUGUGCACCACGAGCACACCUUCGUGGAGGCCCCCAGCGACAAGGGACCACAAGUCUCGGUCGACAUGGGCCUUGGCAUCAACUGGGUCGACAGGUGUUUUGUAAAGCAGAUCAUCGAGAGCAGCACACGCCGAGAGACAUUGGAAAGCAUGCAGGACUUCAUGGACUGCAUAAGUGAGACGAUGCCUGCAUAG